CGUGAGAGCAAGCGUCCACCGGGGGGGUGGUUUGGGGGCGCCGACAGCAGCCUUAUCAGAUACUUGUCCUAUGGCGGUGCUGUGACCUGUGGUGGGUGGGCGGGAUGGCGGCGCUGUGGUUGGCGGGAUGGCGGCGCUGUGACCUGUGGCGGCCGGGUGGGAUGGCAUCUCUGUGACCUGUGGUGGCCAGGUGUGACGGCAGUGCUGUGACCUGUGGUGGCCAGGUGUGACGGCAGCGCUGUGACCUGUGGUGGCCAGGUGUGACGGCAGCGCUGUGACCUGUGGUGGCCAGGUGUGACGGCAGCGCUGUGACCUGUGUUCCGCCUGGUGCCCGCCGCUGUACUGCUUCCACCCACUCGCAGCCUUAUCCACAUUCACAGGCAAAUAACCAAUCAUUCCCACCAAAAACAAAUGGGAUUUGUCCCAAAUGGCACCCUGUUCCCUAUAUAGUGCACUACUUCAUCAGGCUCCGUAGUGCACUAUGUAGGAAAUAGGGUGCAAUUUGGAAUUCAGCCAUGGGCUGCCUUAGCACUUCACCUGACAGACCUUAACCAAAAAGCAGAGUAGUUAGGUUUGCGGGUCUUGUCCAGUAGCUAAAGGAUUUUAGGUCUGACCUGUGCUUGGCCACAUUGGCUGGUGUUCAACUUGUUAUCUCAAGUAUGUUAUUUUUCCAACAUGUUGAUCCUUUAAUGUAACAUGUUGGGAUGAAUGGCAUGUGUAUUCCCAUUAAAGUUGGCAGCAUUUGUUGUGCUGCCAUCUCGCAACCUCCCUCACGCCGGCCAGCCCACCCCUCACCCUCCCCGCUGCCCAGUGAGCGACAGAUCAGAUCAGUGGGGGGGUGGAUGCAGUGUGUUAUAACAAUGGGGCACCCCCUUUUAGGCCAGUCUACCUCCCUCCCCGCAACAUUCCACACAGGACCACCAAGACCCACACACGGGACCACCAAGACCCACACACGGGGUCCCUGGAGCUGGGAACCACCACAACAAAGAGAGGGAGAGAGGCCCAGAGUGACUUACUGAGGCACACAGACCAUGACCUUAAUCGAAGACUCAUGUGUCUCUGCAAGUUUGGCUCGUUGCUCUGUAGUUUUGUUCUAGUGAUACUGAGAGAGUUUGUAUACGGCCAUAUAAUCUGAAUUGUAUUUCUAUGGUUAUGGGCCCACGCCUCUUUCUGAGGAGAGCUGUGAGAUCUGGGUUUGUGGCUUUCCACACUUUUGCUUGACGGGGAGCGCCACCUCAAAAUCCUUGUUAACACGUCCUGUUUGCAUGCUGUUAAGUCGGCAGUCUCGCUCUUUCCCACCUCGCUCCGGCUGACAUAUCACUUCAUGUUUCCCUGACUCUCUCCCGUAACACUCAGCUCAUAGGAGCUGUUCUAACAAAUCCAGAGGAGUUUUGUUUCAUUCUCCGUCCUGCUGCCUUAGUGAAUCUCCCUCAGUCUCUUCCUUGUCUCCGUAAUGGUUUAUUAGUCUUUCCUGCUCCUGUACUUUCCUCUCCUCCAUACCCUGCCGUACUUAGGCUACUUGUUCUCCCUCCCUCUGUACCCUCCCUCCCUCUGUUCUCUACCCUCCCUCUGUUCUCUACCCUCCCUCUGUUCUCUACCCUCCCUCUGUUCCUACCCUCCCUCUGUUCUCUACCCUCCCUCUGUUCCUACCCUCCCUCUGUUCUCUAACCUCCCUCUGUUCUCUACUACCCUUUGUUCCUACCCUCCCUUGUUUCUCCCUCCAUCUAGUCUACUUUCACCCUCCCUCUGUCCUUCCUCCCUCUGUUCUACCCUCCCUCUGUUCUCUUCCUCUUUCUCUACCCUCCCUCUGUUCCUACCCUCCUCUGUUCUCUACCCUCCCUCUGUUCUCUACCUCGCCUCUGUUCUCUACCUCCCUCUGUGCUCUACCCUCCCUCUGUUCUCUACCCUCCCUCCACCAUCUACUCCUCAGGGGUUCUUUGUGUGGAAGGCUUCCAGAUGAUUUUCAUGCCAAAACAGACCGCUGCUGUCGUUUUCACACACACUUCUCCCCCAGGCUUUGCUGUCAUGCCUCAAUAUGAGUUGUCGUUUGGUAUUGUCACAGUCGGAUCUGCUGCUCCUCCGCCAAGGCUUUUUACAGCCGUUGUUAUGUUAGCCAUUUUCCAUAGUGCCACUUCUUUCACGGCUGAAAUUCCUUUUGUGUUUUGUUGUUCCCUUGAUAUCUGAGCCGUGGUGUGUCUUUUUGUGUUGGGAUCACUCAGUGGUGGUGUCACUCAGCCAGCUGUGAGGAGUGGGAAGGACUUCAGGCUCUGAUCCCAAACUCUGAGGAUGGUGACUGACUAUAGCCCCCCCCCCCCCCCCCCAGACGGACAUGGCUGUGCCUCAGACAGUGAGGUCAUACAGUGAUCUACAAAAGUAUUUGGACAGCGAUAUUUUCAUCCAUAUCGGGGGAACUGUUUAGAAAUAACAGCACUUUUUGUACAUUGUCCCCACAUUUUAGGAGACCAACAGUAUUGAGGCAAAUUCACUAAUGUGUAUUAAAGUAGUCAAAAGUGAAGUAUUUGGUCCUCUGUAGCUCAGCUGGUAGAGCACGGCGCUUGUAACGCCAAGGUAGUGGGUUCGAUCCCCGGGACCACCCAUACACAAAAAUGUAUGCACGCAUGACUAAGUCACUUUGGAUAAAAGCGUCUGCUAAAUGGCUUAUUAUUAUUAUUAUUAUUAUUAUUAUUAUUAUUAUUAUUAUUAUUAUUAUGUUCAUAGCACACAAUGACUACAUCAAGCAUGUGACUCUACACAUUUGUUGGAUGCAUUUGCUGUUUGUUUUGGUUGUUUCAGAUAAUUUUUUGCCCAAUAGAAAUGAAUGGUAAAUGUGUCAUUUUUGCAGUCUCUGUUGUAAAUAAGAAUAUAAUGUUUCUAAACACUUCUACAUUAAUGUGGAUGCUACCAUGAUUACACAUAAUCCUGAAUGAAUCGUGAAUAAUGAUGAGUGAGAAAGUUAGACGCACAAAUAUACCCCCAAGACAUGCUAACCUCUCACCAUUACAAUAUCAAAUUGUAUUUGUCACAUGCGCCGAAUACAACAGGUGUAGACCUUGCAGUGAAAUCUUACUUACAAGCCCUUAACCAACAAUGCAGUUUUAAGAAAGAAUACCUAAAAGAAAUAAAAGUAAAAAAUAAUUAAAGCGCAGCAGUAAAAUAACAAUACCGCAUAAGACUGUAGCAGCAACAUUAUGUACAAAAUAAGUUAUGAACAAUGCAAAAAAACAAACAAAAUAGCACGAUCCCCUCCGGCGCCAUUGUAUCCACAGGCGCAGGGGAGGUUAGCAUUUUUUUUGGGCGGGGGGGUGGCUGUAUUUGUGCGUUUUAACUUCUUCACUCAUCAUUAUUCACGAGUCAUUCAGGAUUAUCCGAAACCGUGGUAGCAUCCACAUGAAUGUAGAUGAGUUUUAAAACAUAUUUUAUUCGUAUUUACAAUAAGUGAAUCCAAAAUGACACGACAUAAUUUACCAUUCAUUUCUAUUUGGCAAAAAAUGAUCUGAAACCCAAUCAAAACAAACAAGCAAAUGCAUCCAAUAAAUGUGUGGAGUCACAAGCUUAAUGUAGUCAUUGCGUGCUAUGAAUUUGGGACCAAAUAAUACUUUUUACUACUUCAAUACACAAAGUGAAUUUGUCUCAAUACUAUUGGUCUCCUAAAAUGUGGGGACUAUGUACAAAAAGUGCUGUAAUUUCUAAACAGUUCACCCGAUAUGGAUGACAAUACCCUCAAAUUAAGGCUGACAGUCUGCACUUUAACCUCAUAGUCAUAGUAUCAUUUCAAAUCCAAAGUGCUGGAGUACAGAGCCAAAACAACAAAAUGUGUCCCUGUACUUUUGGAGCUCACUGUGUGGGUUAGGUGGUAUACUGUAUACAGGGGGAUUGAUUCCUAUGAAAUGUUCUACAAAUAGGGCACUGUAUUAUAGGCUACUUCACUGUCAGGUAGCUAUGACCGAUCAUUUUGGGUCGAAGUUUGGUUGAUCAGUAGAAAACAAUUAGAAUGGAAAAAGCCUAUUUUAAAACCACUUACAUUUCAUUUGUAGCCGUCCUAGGGUCCAACACUACCCAUAAAUCGUAUGUGGACUUCAGAUUAUUCAGAAACAGAAUACAGUCAAAUAGUGUCAUACAGUCAAAUUGUGAUAUAAUAUUUUGGCCAAAUUGCCCAACCCUAAUGUGAGCGCUAGGGAGAGACCAAGACAUGAAGCACCAUACAGGAACUAUCAGUCAAGAUUUCUGGAUUGUUAUGAAGAUGUACUGGCAACGAUCAUGAGGAUGAUUACGACAUCGUCUUGUAUUUGCCAGAGGCCUGUGUGGUUGGGGAGCAGGAUGAGUGAAGGCCUGAAGCUAGGGACUCGCCUGCGUGUUUGGGCUGGAACCCCAGUGCUGGGUCCAGGCCAGAUGAGCUGUAAUCCCUGCUAAUUACUCCCAAGGCCUGCAUCAAGACUCCCACCGAUGAGGCUCCCACUAACACUUAGCUCAGUUUUCCAAAGUAUAGUUAGCCUAAUAGGUCACCUAAUGACCUAAUCCCUCACGCCGCUCCAUGCUUUUGAAUAUAUAAUUAACUAAUUAUCUGAGAAUUGGGGGGGGAAAUAAGCCGCGGUCCUCUGCUUUUGCUUUAAAUAUGUUUUAUAAUUUCCAGCCAAGCUGUAAGUGGGCCUCUGUCUUAGCUUUUUCACAUAGCUUUGUGAAUUUGACUGACGAGGUCAUCAAAACCAAAUUUAAAACAUGAACAAACCGUCGGCAGAAAUCCUGCUGGCCGAGGCGCAGGAUUUCAAUUAGAAUAAAAGGCCCUUCAAAGGCUCCAAUGCUUUUAAAAUAAAGGCUUGAAAAACUACAAAUAAUUUGGUCGGUAAGUUUGAGGGUGGCAGUUCUCCCUGAAAGAAAAACAAGGCUUUGUGAGGAAACUGGAGACGGGACAGAAACCAUGUUACAUUGUUGGAAAGACCCAUCUCAUAGUCGCAGUGAUUUAUUGACACAUCCACUCCAUAUCAUUUGGAAUGGGACGGAGUUAGUUGGUCAUGACUAAAGCCCAAUAGUCCCCUGUAGCUCAGUUGGUAGAGCAUGACGCUUGCAACGCCAGGGCUGUGGGUUCGUUUCCCACGGGGGGCCAGUAUGAAAAUGUAUGCACUCACUAACUGUAAGUCACUCUGGAUAAGAGCGUCUGCUAAAUGACUAAAAUGUCAACCAUUUUGCCUUCAGGUUGAGUAUUUCUUCCCACAGCGCUGUCUGGUGUCAGUUUCUUAAAGCCCAACAGGUAUAUCAGAAUCAUUGUUGCCCUUUUGUAGCUUUGAGGGCCCAGAAAUCUGAUCUUGCACCUGACCGCAUUCAGCCUGGAGGGCUUUUCCCGGGCGGCCGCAGCAGCCAGUCCUGUUCCUGUCCCAACAUCUGGUGGAUCUCAAUUCAGCUUCUUUUGGACGUCUGUUAUAAACAUUGAUGGGCUGUUUAUACCUGGGCCCGUUUUCAUCCUUUACUGACAAGACUGGAAUGUAUUGUUUGUGUGUUCACAUUUUUAAACCUUUCAAAUGCUUCUUCAACUGACAGACAGCGAUGUUUGUUGGGGGGUGAAAAUGACUUGCCAUGCACUGAAAACGUGUGUGUACACUCAGUGUAGGCUUGGGAGGUAUCCAGAUUGUCAUACCUUUAUACCAACCUUGUGCCAUCCCUGGAUAUCCGGUAAUACCGGCACUGAACACACAUUUACAUUUACGUCAUUUAGCAGACGCUCUUAUCCAGAGCGACUUACAAAUUGGUGCAUUCACCUUAUAGCCAGUGGGAUAACCACUUUACAAUUUUUAUUUUUUUUUUGGGGGUGGGGGGGGGUAGAAGGAUUACUUUAUCCUAUCCCAGGUAUUCCUUAAAGAGGUGGGGUUUCAAAUGUCUCCGGAAGGUGGUGAGUGACUCCGCUGUCCUGGCGUCGUGAGGGAGCUUGUUCCACCAUUGGGGUGCCAGAGCAGCGAACAAGGGCCGUUAUUUUCAAACCCCACUGAGCCUCUGUAAUCCGAAGGUUAUCAAUGCUAACAAGUACAUGUAAAACCCCAUAGUCAAUGUUAACUAAAUGCUAACGAGCGCAUUUCACACAGUCUCUGACAAACUAUUUGCAGGACAGACAUCCCAGCAAAAUGCUACUCAGUUUGCUGCACGCACAAAACCAACAUUUUAUUUUUGACAGUAUUGAAAAACCAUCCUGUGGCUAUUUCCAAAUACCACAGUAUAUACGGUAUACCGCCCAAGCCUAACUCAUUGGCCACUUUAUUAGGUACACCACCCUGUUCACGAAAAAUGGUUAGCUCCUACAGACGUUGUCAGGUGGCCGUGGCUGUGUUUCUGCUGCACUCAUUUUGCUGUGGUGCUGCACCACAAUGAAGAUCAUUUUGAAGAUGCUAUAACAUUCCACUUGUACUUUUCCUCUGCAAACUAAACAAGUAAUUAAUUUAAAAAAUCCAACAACCCCAGAGUGGAAUAGUUGAUCUAUUUACCUAGUCGGCUUGUUGUGUUCUAUGCUAGAUAAAUAUUCCUCUCGUGGCGCAUUCAUGUUAUAAGUGCCCUACAGAGGGAAACAUGCAUUCUGACAAGCAGUCAAUGCACAACAAUUAUUGCAAUUGUGAAAACAGCAGUUUUAAUGGCUUUUGUUAAAAUGAGGGGAAUCCCAGCUUUCCACUCCUACUUUAUUUAUUUCUCAACUCCUAAAUAUGCGCGAACUGCGUCGUUUUAAACCCGGGGAUUUUAGCAGAAGCAUGGUUAAGCACGUUACUGCUCCACAAUUUGCAUAGGGGAGAGUGGGGCUACAUGUAACACCGGUCAAUUGUAGGGUGACUUGGGGUACAAUGCCUCUCUACCUCAAUCAUUUAUUUGGAUUGACUUAAAAAAUUGUAAUGUGACACACAUUUUUUGUUGAGCAAGAGUAGUGGAAACCAGGGGAAGUGUUGGGUGGAAAAUUGUGAAAUGAAGUGGUUUCUGUGAGAAGUACAGGCAGGGGGCUUUUAACCCCGGGUGGCGAGUUACCCUAACAGGCAGGGGGCUUUUAACCCCGGGUGGCGAGUUACCCUAACAGGCAGGGGGCUUUUAACCCCGGGUGGCGAGUUACCCUAACAGGCAGGGGGCUUUUUACCCCGGGUGGCGAGUUACCCUUACAGGCAGGGGGCUUUUUACCCCGGGUGGCGAGUUACCCUUACAGGCAGGGGGCUUUUUACCCCGGGUGGCCAGUUACCCUAACAGGCAGGGGGCUUUUUACCCCAGGUUGCGACUUACCCUAACAGCUUUUUGGGACAUAACAUGUAUCAAUAUGAUAAUAACUACUUAAAAGAUCACAUUUGAGAUCUGGCUAAUGAUUAGCCCAAUAGGGUAAAUGCAGAUAGGCAACCCCAUGCUUCAGCCUAUUUAUUUGCACUUUGCUGCAUCAGCUGGGCUAAAGGUGAUAAUGUUUGUUGCUAAUAGCAUACCUGAUAAUAUGGACCAUGCAUAGGCUCUAUACUGUACAUGGCCCAAUAUGUUAAUCAUUUAAAUAAAUCAUUUUACCAAUGUGUUAUUGGGCAAAUUUCUGGAGGUGGAACCUCUAUUUUAGAUGGCGUCAGAAUACUUAUUUUAAUUCAUUUUGGAGUGGAAUGUCCUUUUAAAAAGUCACCAGAACUGAGCUCCUCAGUCCUUCAACAUACAAAUUAUAGGAGGGACCCCCUUCCGUGACCUUUCCCCCCCACUGCAGAGGAAACACUCCCGUGGCUUGCUACAGUGAGGGGAAAAAAGUAUUUGAUCCCCUGCUGAUUUUGUCCGUUUGCCCACUGACAAAGAAAUGAUCAGUCUAUAAUUUUAAUGGUAGGUUUAUUUGAACAGUGAGAGACAGAAUAAUAACAAAAAAAUCAAGAAAGACGCAUGUAAAAAAUGUUAUAUAUCGAUUUGCAUUUUAAUGAGGGAAAUGAGUAUUUGACCCCCUCUCAAUCAGAAAGAUUUCUGGCUCCCAGGUGUCUUUUAUACAGGUAACGAGCUGAGAUUAGGAGCACACUCUUAAAGGGAGUGCUCCUAAUCUCAGUUUGUUACCUCUAUAAAAGACACCUGUCCACAGAAGCAAUCAAUCAAUCAGAUUCCAAACUCUCCACCAUGGCCAAGACCAAAGAGCUCUCCAAGGAUGUCAGGGACAAGAUUGUAGACCUACACAAGGCUGGAAUGGUCUACAAGACCAUCGCCAAGCAGCUUGGUGAGAAGGUGACAACAGUUGGUGCGAUUAUUCGCAAAUGAAAGAAACACAAAACACCUGUCAAUCUCCCUCGGCCUGGGGCUCCAUGCAAGAUCUCACCUCAUGGAGUUGCAAUGAUCACGAGAACGGUGAGGGAUCAGCCCAGAACUACACGGGAGGAUCUUGUCAAUGAUCUCAAGGCAGCUGGGACCAUAGUCACCAAGAAAACAAUUGGUAACACACUACGCCGUGAAGGACUGAUCCUGCAGCGCCCGCAAGGUCCCGCUGCUCAAGAAAGCACAUAUACAGGCCCGUCUGAAGUUUGCCAAUGAACAUCUGAAUGAUUCAGAAGAGAACUGGGUAAGAGUGUUGUGGUCAGAUCAGACCAAAAUCGAGCUCUUUGGCAAAACUCAACUCGCCGUGUUUGGAGGAGGAGGAAUGCUGCCUAUGACCCCAAGAACACCAUUCCCACUGUCAAACAUGGAGGUGGAAACAUUAUGCUUUGGGGGUGUUUUUCCACUAAGGGGACAGGACUUCACCGUAUCAAAGGGACGAUGGACGGGGCCAUGUACCGUCAAAUCUUGGGUGAGAACCUCCUUCCCUCAGCCAGGGCAUUGAAAAUGGGUCGUGGAUGGGUAUUCCAGCAUGACAAUGACCCAAAACACACGGCCAAGGCAACAAAGGAGUGCCUCAAGAAGAAGCACAUUAAGUUCCUGGAGUGGCCUAGCCAGUCUCCAGACCUUAAUCCCAUAGAAAAUCUGUGGAGGGAGCUGAAGGUUUGAGUUGCCAAACGUCAGCCUCGAAACCUUAAUGACUUGGAGAAGAUCUGCAAAGAGGAGUGGGAAAAAAUCCCUCCCGAGAUGUGUGCAAACCUGGUGGCCAACUACAAGAAACAUCUGACCUCUGUGAUUGGCAACAAGGGUUUUUCCACCAAGUACUAUGUCAUGUUUUGCAGAGGGGUCAAAUACUUAUUUCCCUAAUUUAAAAUGCAAAUCAAUUUAUAACACUUUUGACAUGCUUUUUUCUGGAUUUUUGUUAUUCUGUCUCUCACUGUUCAAAUAAACCUACCAUUAAAAUUAUAGACUGAUCAUGUCUUUGUCAGUGGGAAAACGUACUAAAUCAGCAGGGGAUCAAAUACUUUUUUCCCUCACUGUAUAUAAAACAGGUAGACAGGCAUUCAGUUACUGUUAGAUUGAACAUUAGAAUGGGCAAAACGAGUGACCUAAGCGACUUUGAGCGUGGCAUGAUCGUCGGUGCCAGGCACGCACCCGUUUGUGUCUCAGAAACGGCCAGCCUCCUGGGCUUUUCACUCACGACAGUGUCGAGGGUUUACCGAGAAUGGUGCGACAAACAAAGAAACAUCCAGUCAGCGGCAGUCCUGUGGGCAAAAGCGGCUCGUUGAUUAGAGGGGUCGAAGGAGAAUGGCAAGAAUCGUGCAAGCUAACUGGCGGGCCCCAAACAGGCAAAUAAUAGCGCAGUACAACAGUGGUAUGCAGAACUGCAUCUCGGAACACACAACUCGUCGGCCCUUGUCACGGAUGGGCUAUUGCCCCAGACUACCACAACGGGUUCCACUCCUAUCACCUGAGAACAAGAAGCGGCUCCAGUGGCAAGUGAUCACCAACACUGGGCAAUUGAGUAGUGGGAAAAACAAUGCCUGGUCCGACGAAGCCUGGUUCCUGUUGUGUCAUGCUGAUGGCAGCCAAUAUUUGGUGUAAGCAGCAUGAAUCCAUGGCCCCAUCCUGCCUGGUGUCAACGGUACAGGCUGGUGGCUGUGGUGUAAUGGUGUGGGGAAUGUUUUCCUGGCACAUGUUAGGUCCCUUGAUGCCCCAAAGAAUUCAGGCUGUUCUGGAGGCAAAGAGGGGUCUGACCCGGUACUAGAUUGGUGUACUUAAUAAACUGGCCACUGAAUGUAUGUCUGUGUGUACUGUAGAAACUGUUAAGUAUAAUAUGGCCUAUAAAGUUCAGAUUUCUCUGGUUUUCUCAGUGUAAACUUUUUUUGAGGACUCAUUUGUACGCUCAUGGACAGUAGUCAGUCAGUGUGUUUCUGACAGCAGUACAACAUGGUGUUUGUGUAAGGCUCCCAUGGUAAAGCACUUGGCUUUAUGUAAAGAAGGUUUUUCUCCUCUUUAAAGUCUGAGUCAGUGGAAAGAUGGAGGGACUAGUCAGGAAGGUAUUUUGUGCCCUGUUUUUCCUCCUCCACCUCUCUCCUCCCUUGGGAUAAUAAAGCUGUGCUGUAACUUGUCCUCUGCGUUUGUCUGAAGAGCCUCUACCUGUCUGCAAAUGUGGGGAGAUAACGUGUACACACACACACACACUCUCUCUUUUAGCACAAGCCCGGGCGGUAAAUGUGGAAUCCCCGGCAGAGAGGCACUAGAUCAGAGAGAGAACUCAACAGAUACCUGGAAGAAAGACUGACGGGACAGACUGUUGAAUUAACUCUUAGUUUAGCAUGAAGUGUGUGUCCUCCCACCCCCCCAAGGAUACAAUAUGUUUGUUGCUUUACUAGGUGCUGGGGGUUCUGACCCUUCAGUUUAAACUGAUUUCAUUGCUUGGCUCACCCCUUAUUGAGGUCAGUGUCUUUGGCUCUCCUGCUAGUGGUAGGGCUGGGUGAUAUAUCGAAUAACUAAAAUGUAUGUUUUUACGCUAUAUUCCAAAUGCCUGUAUCGCAAGAAUCAAGUUUUUAUUUUUCGUUUUUAUGAAUGUGCAUGUCCGUUUGUUCUCAUGUUGUCUUUUUGGUCACGUCUCCUUCGGUCCUUCUGUGCUGUGUUCACCUUCUCAUUUACACCAGAGAUCUGUAUAUAAUGACGAGAUGCUCAUGUGCUUGAGAGAUUGUUUAUUAGACCUGUGUUCAUUUUCUAUAAUGCCUUCUACAAGAAGUUAGUCAUUAUUAGUGAAUGUGCAUUAUGCAUGGUUCAGGUUAAAUCUCUAACAAAAAAGGGCAUUUUCAGACUUGAAAGCCAGAUCAGUGAUUAUUGCAAAAAAGCAGGUUAAACUGUUGAUAAAAUAAUUAAAGAUGCACUAUGCAGAAAUCGCUCCGCCAUUUCCUGUUGCUAAAAUCUGAAUUGUUCGCCUAAUUUAAGUUUGACUUAACAAGCAAGUAUAGUGUAGAGAAUCAUUGUACCAUCUACAGUGAGGGAAAAAAGUAUUUGAUCCCCUGCUGCUUUUGUACGUUUGCCCACUGACAAAGACAUGAUCAGUCUAUAAUUUUAAUGGUAGCUUUAUUUGAACAUUGAGAGACAGAAUAACAACAAAAAAAUCUAGAAAAACGCAUGUAAAAAAUGUUAUAAAUUGAUUUGCAUUUUAAUGAGGGAAAUAAGUAUUUGACCCCUCUGCAAAACAUGACUUAGUACAUGGUGGCAAAACCCUUGUUGGCAAUCAGAGGUCAGACGUUUCUUGUAGUUGGCCACCAGGUUUGCACACAUCUCAGGAGGGAUUUUCUUCCACUCCUCUUUGCAGAUCUUUUCCAAGUCAUUAAGGUUUCGAGGCUGACGUUUGGCAACUCGAACCUUCAGCUCCCUUCACAGAUUUUCUAUGGGAUUAAGGUCUGGAGACUGGCUAGGCCACUCCAGGACCUUAAUGUGCUUCUUCUUGAGCCACUCCUUUGUUGCCUUGGCCGUGUGUUUUGGGUCAUUGUCAUGCUGGAAUACCCAUCCACGACCCAUUUUCAAUGCCCUGGCUGAGGGAAGGAGGUUCUCACCCAAGAUUUGACGGUACAUGGCCCGUCCAUCGUCCCUUUGAUGCGGUGAAGUUGUCCUGUCCCCUUAGCAGAAAAACACCCCCAAAGCAUAAUGUUUCCACCUCCAUGUUUGAUGGUGGGGAUGGUGUUCUUGGGGUCAUAGGCAGCAUUCCUCCUCCUCCAAACACGGCGAGUUGAGUUUAUGCCAAAGAGCUCCAUUUUGGUCUCAUCUGACCACAACACUUUCACCCAGUUCUCCUCCGAAUCAUUCAAAUGUUCAUUGGCAAACUUCAGACGGCCCUGUAUAUGUGCUUUCUUGAGCAGGUGGACCUUGCGGGCGCUGCAGGAUUUCAGUCCUUCACGGCGUAGUGUGUUACCAAUUGUUUCCUUGGUGACUAUGGUCCCAGCUGCCUUCAGAUCAUUGACAAGAUCCUCCCAUGUAGUUCUGGGCUGAUUCCUCACCGUUCUCAUGAUCAUUGCAACUCCAUGAGGUGAGAUCUUGCAUGGAGCCCCAGGCCGAGGGAGAUUGACAGUUCUUUUGUGUUUCUUCCAUUUGUGAAUAAUUGCACCAACUGUUGUCACCUUCUCACCAAGCUGCUUGGCGAUGGUCUUGUAGCCCAUUCCAGCCUUGUGUAGGUCUACAAUCUUGUCCCAGACAUCCUUGGAGAGCUCUUUGGUCUUGGUCAUGGUGGAGAGUUUGGAAUCUGAUUUGAUUGAUUGCUUCUGUGGACAGGUGUCUUUUAUACAGGUAACAAGCUGAGAUUUGGAUCACUCCCUUUAAGAGUGUGCUCCUAAUCUCAGCUCGUUACCUGUAUAAAAGACACCUGGGAGCCAGAAAUCUUUCUGAUUGAGAGGGUGUCAAAUACUUAUUUCCCUCAUUAAAAUGCAAAUCAUUUUUGACAUGCGUUAAUCUGGAUUUAUUUUGUUAUUCUGUCUCUCACUGUUCAAAUAAACCUACCAUUACAAUUAUAGACUGAUCAUUUCUUUGUCAGUGGGCAAACGUACAAAAUCAGCAGGGGAUCAAAUACUUUUUUCCUUCACUGUAAACCACUGUGAAAUAUAUUCCCAGCUGUUUGAAGCUGGUGUAAAACACACAAAAAACUUAAGAACUGGAAGCAUAGAAAUAGUGCACAUAGAGCAGAUCUACCGCUUCUUAGACUUGCGUUCAUUGAGAAUCAGGUCUAUAACACCCAUUUCUAUGUGAAUUUGGUUGGAUCACCCCAAAAAGUGACACUUUGCAGCUUUAAAUUAUUAGUGGGUCUUAUGGUUGUGGAAGGCUAAUAUUUAGUCUAGGUAUAAUUUCACAUGCCCUGAAUUCAUUCGAUUUUUAUUUUAUUUUAUUUUUGUCAUUUAGCAGACGCUCUUAUCCAGAGCGACUUACAUGAACAAUUAGGGUUAAGUGCCUUGCUCAAGGGCACAUCGGCAGAUUUUUCACCUAGUCGGCUCGGGGAUUAGAACCAGCAACCUUUCGGUUACUGGCACAAUGCUCUUAACCACUAAGCUACCUGCCGCCCACAUUAUAGAAUAAGGCAAAGGGUGGCUACUUUGAAGAAUCUCAAAUAUAAAAUAUAUUUUGAUUUGUUUAACACUUUUUUUGGAUACUACAUGAUUCCAUAUGUGUUAUUUCAUAGUUUUGAUGUCUUCACUAUUAUUCUACAAUGUAGAAAAUAGUAAAAAUAAAGAAAAACCCUGGAAUGAGUAGGUGUGUCCAAACUUUGACUGGUACUGUGUAUAUUUAUCUCGUACAUGCACUGAAUACAACAGGUGUAGACUUACUUAUAAGCCCUUAACCAACAAUGCAGUGAAGUAAAAUAAGUGUUAAAGUAUUUACUAAAAUAAACAGAAGUAAAUAUUAUUUGAAUUAUUUUAAAUAUAAGAAAAUAUACAUAACUAAAGAGCAACAAUAAAAUAACAGUAACGAGGCUAUAUACAGGGGGUACCAGUCAAUGUAUCUCGUGAAUCGCCCAUAAAUUUGAAAAAAUGUAGAUGAUUUUUAGGCCUUACCACCCAGCCCUAGCUAUUAACUCUACUACUAAAGACUACUAUAGCUACUAUAAUUUAAUACCAUUGUUAACAUUGGCCAAUAUCUAAUUACCAAGUGAGGUUAAAAUCCACUAUGAAUCCUGCCGCUCUGCUCCUGCUGAAUAUUAUUUUGUCUGAUUCAAUAACGAUUCGAUUCUCCUUGCACUCGUUCCCUCCAUUUUAUUUUUUAUUUCUCUUUAUUCCAUGUAAUGGAACACUCCUUCACGUCUCUCCUUACCUCCCUGCUAAUACCUCAUUUUGGUUAGUGCUCUCCCUUUUUUUCUCAUUCUCCCUUCUCUCACUCCUUUGGCCUCCCCAUUUUGUACAUAAUAGAGGCCAUAGUGAGGGUUAGUAUUUGGGGAAGUUUAAUUGCUACCACCUGAACCUUGCUCUGCUCAGUUGAACCAACACCGUCCAGUCAGUCCAGGGUUGUUUUCCAAAUGGCACCCUAUCCCCUAUAUAGUGCACUACUUUUGACCAGUGCCCACGGUAGUGUACUAUAUAGGGGAUAAGGUGCCAUUUAGAAGUUAGUCCAGCUCUCCUGAAGUUCUGCUCUGCUGGCUCUAAACUAACCCCUCAGUCUUUAGGUAAAUGUGUUUCAAGAUGCAUAGUAAUGCACUAAUCUGGAGCUAAAUUUCCUCAGGUCAUGAAGAUGCUCCCUAUAUACUAGUUACCCAUUACCAGAUAUUGAUACAAUUCUAAACAUGGGACAAAGACACAAGUCUUGAUAUUUUCCUUCUAGUUACUUAUAAUAGUUUGAUGUGACUGCGAGUAGUUCCUGUGGUAAGUUUUGGUAGCUAGUCGACUUUCUAUUUAAAAGUAUCUGUGAGGAAAUGCAGGAGCUAGUUAAAUCAUUGACAAAGAGCUGACCUGGGAUGUAGUAUAGACUGAGAGCUGACCUGGGAAGAAGUGGCCGGCAGGGAGCUGACCUGGGAAGAAGUGGCCGGCAGGGAGCUUUUGUGUUGGGAGACUAAGGUGGAGCUUGGGAGGGCUGAGCUGGGGGGGGGAAGAGGGAAACAGAGCGAGAGGCCAGGGCCAUGUUGUGGAAUCUCCCCAGGGCCUUCUGGGUAAAUGUUCAUGGAUGACAGCAUUUUGGAAUGUUCACAAAUGGAGAGUUUUAAUUGGCCAGAGGCCUCGACUGGUUUAGCAAUCAGAGAUGGACUCUCUCCGGUGGCAGGGGGUUAGGAUUUAUGGGUCUCGGUGUGUUUUUGUUUGUUUGUGUGAGUUAGAAUGGAUUCAUUUACAUUUACCGGUUGUUUUUCUUGACCUUGGGCAGUACUUCAACAAUUUAAUAUAUUAGCCUUAUAGUCUUUUCCAUAGCCUUAAGAAAUGCCAUGGCUGUUUGCAGUCCUGUUUUAACAUGUUACAAGCCUGUUGCUGUGUCAGUGCCGUGUUGUGGUGCUGUUAAACAGAAAAUAUACUAGUAAUGUUUGUAAUGAGGUUCCACCCUGGCCUCUGUACAUAUGUCUCUCUCUUAUCGUUGUAAUGCCACCCGAUAAGCAAAUCUUUGGUCUUUUGACAGCUGUGUUUUGGAAGAGAUUUUAAUCCCUGAUUUAUUUAAGGAAACAAUUUUGCUCCAGCGCUUUCCAAGAUCUUGCGGCUGGCUGAUUUAACUGUAAAAUAUCUCCCCCUCCAAAUUGAAUUCUCCUUAACCAAAACUCCUGAUCCCAUAAGGGAAUGUUGUGCAUUCUUCUAAAUGGAUUUAAGAGGGUCAGUCAAAGCACAUGUUACAGGCAAGUUAGCUGAGGAACACUCAAUUCUGUUUUCUUAUAUCAAGGCGGAGUUGAGUUUUGAUAACUGGUCGUGCGAUUUGCUAGCAACAACAUUGAGUCACCAUCAGUCGAUACUUGUAAAAAUGUACAUUCUGAAAAUGCCCAUAUACCUCUGUUUGUCCUGUACAACCGCGGUCCUUCUGCCGUGUGCUGAAAUUCAUACUUUAGUAAAAACGUUUAGAAUACAACCACAGACUUUUUCCUCAUUUGUGUUGCUAAACUCAACGCAAAUGCGCUUGUGCCAAUUGAAUCUCGGCUUACUUAGUACGUCAAGGCCGCUACAUCUCCAGUUGAUCAACACAAAUUAGGAAAAAGUUGGUUGUAUUCGAUAAGUUUUUACCAAACGUAUGAAUUUCAGCACCCCGUGGAAGGGCCACAAGCAUCGAGUGAUGGUGACGCAAUGUUGUUGCUAGCAAAUCGCGCGACCAGUUAUCAAUACUCACCCUUGAUAUAAGAGAACGGAGUUGAGCGUUCCUCAGCUACAGGCAAGGCUAACAUUUUUCACUUUACUACUCUACUCCCACCAGUGUUGAAGGGUUUCACUUGGCAUGGUUGUUGGACACACAUCCUAUUAAAUUAGUUAGUGAUGUUACUAUAUGGAAUUCUGUGGUGUUGGAGCUGAGCUGUUUUCCUGUCACUUUUAGCACAAAGGCAGGCAGCCAUUACCGUAUGGUGAUGCAUACUAGGCCUCGUGAGUAGCUGUGACCGAUGUCUGGUCAGAGAUGACCCGUCAUUGCAGUUAAUCAUUGCUAUUGUAUGAGUUAGUUUGUAGCGACAUCUGGAAAUGUUGUUCUAAUUGGAGCAGUUUUUUCAUUUUUAGGAGCACUGCUAUGAAACGUGACCUUAAAAACAGUAACCAUGAAAAUGUUAAUUAAAUAAAUCAAUGAAACUCCCUGUUGAACCCACAUGAAUCAUUAUAGUAUGUGUGUUUUUAUAGCCCACUACCAAGACAUACAACUCAUUUCUCCAUCAAUGUAUAUUUAGAUACCAACCUGUGAUGCUAAUUUGAGUAUAUUGGUCUCUGACUCAGAUGAUAAUGACUGGCCACAGCAGAGGGACCUGUUGAGUACGGAGUUCCUAUCAGGGAUGACCAGAGCCGGGCUGCAUCCCAAAUGGCACCCUAUUCCCUUUAUAGUGUGUCUGGCUAUCCCUACGGGCCCUGGUCAAAAGUAGUGCACUAUAAAGGGAAUAGGAUACCAUUUGGAAUGUAGCCUAGGCCUCCAACGGAAGAGUCAAGAGUUCUGAGUUGGCUGGGGUGUCUGUGUGCUGAAAGCGGCAUCCUGCCGGCCGACCGCCUGCGAGGGUCAGCAUGUCUGCGCGGCGUGGGAUAUCCUGCUUGUUAGCACACCUUCCUCUAGUGAGAGGGGAUUUCUGUCUGGCCAAUCAUUUGCUUGCUGACGCCAGCUGCAUGUUGGGCAUUAUUACUGCCAGGGUCACAAAGGAGAGGGGAAAAGUGGAUGGUCACCUAGGAUGAAAUUAAUAUUUGGUGUCAAAGACCCCCUCAGAUAACCAUUGAACAAUGAUCUGAAAUGUCUGACACUUAUCAUUAGGUGUCUGAGACACUUGUGGAAAAUGUUUGAAUUUAGUCAAUUUGAAACAUAGUUGAGAAAUAGUCUAAAUAGAGAAGCACUAAUCUAACCUUGUAACAUUUUAUCCUGUCAGCUGAGAUGUUCAAUGACUGUUGCCUUUAGUCAUAAAGAGAAAAUGGAGAAAGUGAAAACUGUGUAGUAAUGACAUGCCCCCUCAGUGCUGCCCUCCAUUUUGUUCAGAAACUCUUGGCUAAAGCCGGGAUCCCCUGUCACUCCAAUGAAGCUGUUCUUUUGAAAAUUGGACCUGAAAAGCAUGAUUGGGUUGGCAAAAGUGCUGUAAACCUGUCAUGCCAGUAUUUAGAAAAGCACUGAAGUGAAGGAAAAGGUAAUACCCUAGCUUAUCUCUAUAUGAGAAGUUGAAGCUCUAAUAAUGGUUUCCGCUUACAGAGAAACCUUGUUGAACAUGUUACAGUGAUGACCUCGCUAUGUGUGUCUGUGUGAGGGAGUGUGUGUGCUCUCUUACCCUCACAUGAAAAUGGGUGUAUUAAUGGUUGUCCAGCUGUUUCCGUAUGAGUGGGCCAGUGGUUCAUGUUCCUGAUCCUAGAAACCUGAACGGCCCUGUCCAUAGGCAUCAGCAGCAUAGCACACUCUAUUCAGUCGUGGUGUAGUUUAAGCCUGAUCUACUGCAGCAAAUUAGUUUUCAUUUUAGUUGAUGAAUUUUGUCCAAUCAUAAGCAUGAAUGGCUUUGCAUAAUAUAAUGCAAUCCUCUCAUUGGCACAAUUAACGUCUUUCAGUUGCGCGGUGUGUUUGAGUGGAUCUGCCCGGCUCUCCCCCACACACAGCUCCUGGGCAUGAGUAAACUAAGUCUAAAACUAUAUUGAAAAUAGCUGCUAAAUUGAACACUGCUGUCUUUCUCUGUGGUCACUGGAGUUCAGCAGGGUACGGACGGAAAUAAUCCUCUGGGGAAUUUGACUUCUGACUCAUAGUGUGACGUGUGUGGUUGUUAAUGUUUGUGUAUGUGGGUGGGUAGUGUGAUUCGUGUGUAUGCCUGUUAAUGUGUAUUUUGUAUGUGGAUCUAUGGUUGUUGGUGUGUAUCGGUUGUUAAUGUGUAUUUGUAUGUGGAUCUAUGGUUGUUGGUGUGUGGGGUGUGUAUCGGUUGUUAGUGUGUAUUUGUAUGUGGAUCUAUGGUUGUUGGUGUGUGUGUGUGUCUUUUAAGGCGAUUUGAGUGGUGGAUGUGCUGGCUGGCGGACAGAGGGGUCAGAGGACAGGACCUCUCUCUCAGGAGUGGCUGUUAACCUUUGACCCCGCUAGUUAAGCCUGCAGGGUGGUGGUAAGGGUGGAGGUUAUCUGCUCUGAAGUCUGUCUGGUCCUGGGCCACAUGAUGCAGGCCAGGCAGAGGAGAGGGGGUGAUGUGGACUCUAAUCUGGGUUUUGUCCACAAGGCAUUUUCACCUCCCCCACACCACCACCCCUCCUCCUCCUCACCAGAGAACCCAGUGUUCUGUGGGGCAGGCAGGGGAACGUCGUCCUCCUCCUCCAGUGUAAAGGGGCAGGCAGGGGAACGUCAAAGGGAAGGGACUUAUUUUAUGAGCCGUUUUAAAGAGGUUGGUGGAAACCACAAAGGAGAAGCAGAAAGCAGUGGACUGCUGAUGAAUGCCAUGACACACAGUAUCAUGUUGUUUAUUAGCUGCUCUGUGUUGUUUUGACUGCAGUAAAUAACCCUCCAUUUUCCUUCUGAUUGACAACCUGAACAAUGUGCCCGCUCAGUAUUUGUUGGGAUUCCCAGUUAAUUGGGAGAUGUUGUAUGUAGCCAAACAGACUCAACCCUCCAGCUAAAGCUUGUCCUUGAGGUUGAGCUGACGGUCCACAGACAAUAUGGGAAACCAACCUUUACUUGGCCGAUUUUACUUUCUUCAUUCUCGGUUUGGAAGGCACCAGUGUCUUCUAAUCGCCUGAUUCCAGUUGCAGGUGAAACUCCAAAAACCAGAGAAUAUUCCAGAAAAAUAUUAAAUCCACUUUUCUUUGCACCGAGUGAGUUCACUCGCCAUUUUAGCUACCGGACAUCACAUUUCCCAACAUGUUGAAGACGACAGCACGUCACACAGUGCGACCCAUACAACUCAAUCAAAGAUCUACAGUCGUGGUCAAAAGUUUUGAGAAUGACACAAAUAUUAAUUUUCACAAAGUCUGCUGCCUCAGUUUUUAUGAUGGCAAUUUGCAUAUACUCCAGAAUGUUAUGAAGAGUGAUCAGAUUAAUUGCAAAGUCCCUCUUUGCCAUGAAAAUGAACUUAAUCCCAAAAACUUUUCCACUGCAUUUCAGCCCUGCCACAAAAGAACCAUUGACAUCAUGUCAGUGAUUCUCUCGUUAACACAGGUGAGAGUGUUGACGAGGACAAGGCUGGAGAUCACUCUGUCAUGCUGAUUGAGUUAGAAUAACAGACUGGAAGCUUUAAAAGGAGGGUGGUGCUUGAAAUCAUUGUUCUUCCUCUGUUAACCAUGGUUACCUGCAAGGAAACACGUGCUGUCAUCAUUGCUUUGCACAAAAAGGGCUCCACAGGCAAGGAUAUUGCUGCUAGUAAGAUUGCACCUAAAUCAACCAUUUAUCGGAUCAUCAAGAACUUCAAGGAGAGAGGUUCAAUUGUUGUGAAUAAGGCUUCAGGACGCCCAAGAAAGUCCAGCAAGCAGCCUGGACCGUCUCCUAAAGUUGAUUCAGCUGCGGGAUCGGGGCACCACCAGUGCAGAGCUUGCUCAGGAAUGGCAGCAGGCAGGUGUGAGUGCAUCUGCACGCACAGUGAGGCGAAGACUUUUAGAGGAUGGCCUGGUGUCAAGAAGGGCAGCGAGGAAGCCACUUCUCUCAAGGAAAAACAUCAGGGACAGACUGAUAUUUUGCAAAAGGUACAGGGAUUGGACUGCUGAGGACUGGGGUAAAGUAAUUUUCUCUGAAUCCCCUUUCUGAUUGUUUGGGGCAUCCAGAAAAAAGCUUGUCCGGAGAAGACAAGGUGAGCCCUACCAUCAGUCCUGUGUCAUGCCAACAGUAAAGCAUCCUGAGACCAUUCAUGUGUGGGGUUGCUUCUCAGCCAAGGGAGUGGGCUCACUCACAAUUUUGCCUAAGAACACAGCCAUGAAUAAAGAAUGGUACCAACACAUCCUCCAAGAGCAACUUCUCCCAACCAUCCAAGAACAGUUUGGUGACGAACAAUGCCUUUUCCAGCACGAUGGAGCACCUUGCCAUAUGGCAAAAGUGAUAACUAAGUGGCUCGGGGAACAAAACAUCGACAUUUUGGGUGCAUGGCCAGGAAACUCCCCAGACAUUAAUCCCAUUGAGAACUUGUGGUCGAUCCUCAAGAGGUGGGUGGACAAACAAAAACCCACAAAUUCUGACAAACUCCAAGCAUUGAUUAUGCAAGAAUGGGCUGCCAUCAGUCAGGAUGUGGCCCAGAAGUUAAUUGACAGCAUGCCAGGGCGGAUUGCAGAGGUCUUGAAAAAGAAGGGUCAACACUGCAAAUAUUGACUCUUUGCAUAAACUUAAUGUAAUUGUCAAUAAAAGCCUUUGACACUUAUGGAAUGCUUGUAAUUAUACUUCAGUAUACCAUAGUAACAUCUGACAAAAAUAUCUAAAAACAGUAAAGCAGCAAACUUUGUGAAGACCAAUACUUGUCAUUCUCAACUUUUGACCACGACUGUACACACAUGCGAGGCAUUUCUCACUCGUUAAAAAACGUCUAUUUAAUAUAUUUCUGAAUAUUUCCACGUUAUCAGAGUUGCACCUGAAACUAGAAACAGGAGUUUUUAUGACACCUGUUCCUUCCAAAAUUUAGAAUUAAGGAAGUAUCUCCAAGUAAAUCUUUAGUUGACCCUUGCCCCUGACUCCUGACACAACUGUUUUGGAAGACUUUUGCUCACUAUUGACUACUUCCUGCUGAUGAGAAAUACAUUUUAUUUGUAUAUUGUGUACAUAGACUUGUGGUGAAUAAAAUGUUUAAUGUGGGUUCAUACCUUUAGAAACUCUAAACUUUAGGUAGUCCAGUCAAGGAUUUCCUAUCAAAUGACACCCUAUUCCCUAUAGUGCACUACUUUUGACCAGGACCCAUAGGGCUCUGGUCAAAAGUAGUGCACUUUAAAGGGAAUAUGGUGCCAUUUGGGAUGCGGCCAAGCUUUCACUUUUUUUUAUUUGAACCGUCUACACUGUUUCUGUGCAGGUGUUGGAGAAAUUGGCCACCCUACUGUUUUCCCAAAGUAUGCAUUAACUAAUACGAUAACUUUUUCGGAGACUUUAGCCCGUGAGCUAACAAUGUGACAUUUGUACAGACAUUCCUGUGAAAGAUUGGCCAUCUGUUUUAUUUGUGUUCUUUGGUUAGACAUUUUCCACAUGGAUAAAGGCCUUUAGAUUGUGUCCCUGUACUGCGGGCAGGUGGGCAGGCAGGGAGGGAGGGACGCCUUGGUGGACUACAGGCUGAAUCUCUGUUUCACUUAAAGGAGGUGUGUGUGUGUGUGUGCGCGCGCCUGCACUCACUGCUUACUUUGCGCUCUCCAAUCAUAUGGUACAAAGAGCUAUGUGUUGACUUGUGAUGUGUGAAUGUGUUUAGGUAGUGGUUGCCAACUCUCUCUCUCUCUCGCUGUGUGUGUCAGUUGAGCCCGAUUUGGGCUUGAUCCCAGGAGUGAGGGGUGGAAGGGUUGAGAGAGGGUUAGGGUGGAAGGGUUGAGAGAGGGUUAGGAUGGAAGGGUGGGGAGAGGGUUAGGAUGGAAGGGUGGGGAGAGGGUUAGGAUGGAAGGGUGGGGAGAGGGUUAGGGUUGAGAGAGGGUUAGGGCGGAAGGGUUGAGAGAGGGUUAGGAAUGAGAGGGGGUUAGGGUGGGGAGAGGGUUAGUGUGGAAGGGUUGAGAGCGGGUUAGGGUUGAGAGGGUUAGGGGGGAAGGGUGGAGAGAGGGUUAGGGGGGAAGGGUGGAGAGAGGGUUAGGGUGUAAGGGUGGGGAGAGGGUUAGGGUUGAGAGGGUUAGGGUGGAAGGGUUGAGAGAGGGUUAAGGUGGAAGGAUUGAGAGAGGGUUAGGGUUGAGAGUGGGUUAGGGCGGAAGGGUUGAGUGGGUUAGGGUGGAGAAAGGGUUAGGGCGGGAUGGUUGAGAGAGGGUUAGGGUGGAAGGGUGGGGAGAGGGUUAGGGUGGAAGGGUUGAGAGAGGGUUAGGGUGGAAGGGUGGGGAGAGGGUUAGGGUGGAAGGGUUGAGAGAUGGUUAGGGUGGAAGGGUGGGGAUAGGGUUAGGGUGGAAGGGUUGAGAGAGGGUUAGGGUGGAAGGGUUGAGAGAGGGUUAGGGUGGAAGGGUGGGGAGUGGGUUAGGGCGGAAGGGUUGAGAGAGGGUUAGGGUGGAAGGGUGGGGAGAGGGUUAGGUGGAAGGGUUGAGAGAUGGUUAGGGUGGAAGGGUGGGGAUAGGGUUAGGGUGGAAGGGUUGAGAGAGGGUUAGGGUGGAAGGGUUGAGAGAGGGUUAGGGUGGAAGGGUGGGGAGUGGGUUAGGGCGGAAGGGUUGAGAAAGGGUGGAUGGGUGGAGAGCGGGUUAGAGUUGACAGGUUUAGAGCGGGUUAGGGUUGAUGGAUUGUUAGGGUGGAAGGGUGGAGAGAAGGUUAGGGGGGAGACGGUUGAUAGAGGGUUAGGAUGGAAGGGUUGAGGGUGGGUUAGGGUUGAGAGUGGGUUAGGGAGGAAGGGUUGAGUGUUAGGGUGGAGAAAGGGUUAGGGCGGAAUGGUUGAGAGGGUUAGGGUGGAAGGGUUGAGAGAGGGUUAGGAUUGAGAGAGGGUUAGGAUUGAGAGAGGGUUAGGAUUGAGAGAGGGUUAGGGCGGAACGGUUGAGAGAGGGUUACAUUUACAUUUUACAUUUUAAGUAAGGGGGGUAGAAGGAUUACUUUAUCCUAUCCCAGGUAUUCCUUAAAGAGGUGGGGUUUCAAGUGUCUCCGGAAGGUGGUGAGUGACUCCGGAGAGGGUUAGGGUUGAGAGAGGGUUAGGGUGGAAGGGUGGGGAGAGGAUUAGGGUGGAAGGGUUGCGAGACGGUUAGGGUUGAGAGUGGGUUAGGGCGGAAGGGUUGAGAAAGGGUUAGGGUGGAGAGAGGGUUAGGGUUGACAGGUUGAGAGCGGGUUAGGGUUGAUGGAUUGUUAGGGUGGAAGGGUGGAGAGAGGGUUAGGAUGGAAGGGUUGAGAGAGGGUUAGGGUGGAGACGGUUGAUAGAGGGUUAGGAUGGAAGGGUUGAGGAUGGGUUAGGGUUGAGAGUGGGUUAGGGCGGAAGGGUUGAGAGUGGGUUAGGGCGGAAGGAUUGAUAGCAGGUUAGGGUUGAAAGGUUGUUAGGGUGGAAGGGUUAAGAGGGUGGUGCUUCCCUGUCUCUCUGGUCGUGUUGUGGGACGGAUUUUGUAAUAGACAUUUUAACUAGCAAGGUAGAAGCCUUCAUAUAGAAGUUAUGUACUUCAACCAAAGGAUUGUGACAACAUUCUCUCUCCACCAUGUGAAUCAUGUAAGGUGGAAAAACAUUUGGUGUUUGUGGUGGUCUUACACAGUGUGCACUAUGCUUGAGUGUAGUGUGUGUGUACUCCUUCACAUCAAUAGUACUUUAAGUCCACACUGGUCUCUUGGCAUACGCAAUUCUAACGUGUGUAGCCACUGCUGAGACACACUCUGCUCUAGUGGUGUUACAAAGGUAGUUUAGUCCUCAAAUAUUUAAGCAAUAAGGCCCGUGGGGGUGUGGUAUAUGGCCGAUAUACCAUGGCUAAGGGCUGUUCUUAUGCAUGAUGCAACGCGGAGUGCCUGGACACAUCCCUUAGCCGUGGUACAUUGGCCAUAUAUCACAAACUCCCGAGGUGCCUUAGUGCUAUUAUGAACUGGUUACCAACGUAAUUAGAGCAGUAAAUGUUUUGUCAUACCAAUGGUAUACGUCUGAUAUACCACGGCUUUCAGCCAAUCAGCAUUCAGGGCUCGAACCACCCAGUUUAUAAAUAUCUAUAUAUCACACUGGUGAAGGGAUAUAGGCUGUGAACAUCCACAACUUUAUGGUCAGUGAGUGGGUACAUUUGCAACUCUAGUUUUAUAUACUAGGCCUGAUUGCACUGUUAACCUUUUGUUACAGCAGUAGUCUUUUUUAAAUUGUCAGUUACUAUUAAAAUCUAGUGAAACGUUGAUUUGAUUUCCAAGCUCAUGUCUGUCCCAAAUGGCACACCUUUCCUUAGGCAUAGUGCACCGCUUUUUACCACGGCCCUGGUUGAAAGUAGUGCACUAUAUAGGAAAUAGGGUGCCAUUGGAGCCGGUGUGUGUGUGUGUAGUGGUGUUAUUAACUGUUUGGUAGUGUAGUUGUGCUAGUGACUGUUUGGUAGGGUAGUGGCGCUAGUAACUCUAGUGUGUAGUGGCGCUAGUAACUCUAGUGUGUAGUGGCGCUAGUAACUCUAGUGUGUAGUGGCGCUAGUAACUCUAGUGUGUAGUGGCGCUAGUAACUCUAGUGUGUAGUGGCGCUAGUAACUAGUGUGUAGUGGCACUAGUAACUCUAGUGUGUAGUGGUGCUAGUAACUCUAGUGUGUAGUGGUGCUAAUAACUCUAGUGUGUAGUGGCUCUAGUAACUCUAGUGUGUAGUGGCGCUAGUAACUCUAGUGUGUAGUGGCGCUAGUAACUAGUGUGUAGUGGCGCUAGUAACUCUAGUGUGUAGUGGCGCUAGUAACUCUAGUGUGUAGUGGUGCUAGUAACUCUAGUGUGUAGUGGUGCUAGUAACUCUAGUGUGUAGUGGUGCUAGUAACUCUGUUUAGUGUGUAGUGGUGCUAGUAACUCUGUUUGGUAGUGUAGUGGUGCUAGUAACUCUGUUUGGUAGUGUAGUGGUGCUAGUAACUCUGUUUGGUAGUGUAGUGGUGCUAGUAACUCUGUUUGGUAGUGUAGUGGUGCUAGUAACUCUGUUUGGUAGUGUAGUGGUGCUAGUAACUCUGUUUGGUAGUGUAGUGGUGCUAGUAACUCUGUUUGGUAGUGUAGUGGUGCUAGUAACUCUGUUUGGUAGUGUAGUGGUGCUAGUAACUCUGUUUGGUAGUGGUGCUAGUAACUCUGUUUGGUAGUAUAGUGGUGCUAGUAACUCUGUUUGGUAGUAUAGUGGUGCUAGUAACUCUGUUUGGUAGUGUAGUGGUGCUAGUAGCGCCAGCAGAGUGGCCUGUUCUGCAGACUACCAGGGACAGGGCUAGAGUUGUUGAGCGAGCGGAGGGCUGGUGGGGAAAACCAAACAAGCCGUUGGGCGCCUGGGCGGAGUGAAAGGACCACUGUGUUCUUCCCAAAUUCCAACAGCCGCCUUUAAAAAGAAAGAAAAACAUAACAUUAUUGCAGCUGCAACUCUGCAUUCAGCCUCUACGCCUCUCCGACCCACCACCACUGCUGCACUACUCCGACCCCUGCGAUAAAUCGCCCUUGAGUCCACUGUGACCACUCUUUGCCAAACUUCUCAAUAUUUCUGUACAGCAGAGGGCGUGGGUUAGAAGAGAGAAAGUCUCCGUAUGGGGUGUCAGCACUUAGAGAUGUCAGGUUGUUAAGCUUGUUUAACAUCUGCGCUCGAACAUCCCUCCCCGGAUCAAGCCGUUCUUUAGCAGUCUCCCUCCUCCCGCCUCCUGUCAGUGUGAAUGUUGGUGUGUAUUGCUCCCACAUGAGUAACAGCUGCAGAAGCUCGCGGUAUAACGUCUCGACUGACGGUUGCUGUGAGAGGUCACGUUGAGGAAAAUAAACCACCAAUGAAACUAGACUUUUCUUUCUCUUUUGGAUAGGUGGUUCUCCAGAGUCAGCUUCUGUACCUGCUGCAGGGAGGCCUGCUACACUGCAUGUUAAAUUAUAUUAUUGGGCUGCCCAAUUAUGGGCAAGUAGACAAUGGGUGGCGCAACCAUCACAAUGUAUUUAAUUUAAAUUAGAUGUCUUUUUUUUUCUUGAACAUGAUGGUUUGUUUUCUGCUGCGAGAACAAGGCGCCUGAUUCACAUAACUGACAGAAAACAAAACUAGUUUUUCACGGUGUGUAACUGUGCUGUGUGAACUGUCUUUACGAUGGUUGGUCUUGGGUUUGUGUGUCAUCUGUAGUGUUGUAGUGUGUAUCUGUAGUGUGUAUCUGUAGUGUGUAUCUGUAGUGUGUAUCUGUAGUGUGUAUCAGUGUUUUCUCUCCCCCUCUCUGUAGGAACCCAUCUGAAGGUGUGUCCCCAGGAAUACUCAUGCUGUACCUUGGAGAUGGAGGAGAAACUGAGCCAGCAGAGCCACUCAGACCUGAAGGCCCCCGUCUCCCAGCUCAGCACCAACCUACAGAGCACCUUCAAACAGAGGCACAGCCACUUUGACCGUAAGGGAGAGAUCGAAAUGCAUGCACACACGCUCUCACACACACACCCCCCUCUACCUUCCUACUGUAUCAGUCCAUCUAUGUCCCACUGCUAGGCAGCAUGGCGUCCUGUCCCAGUCCCCAGAGCAGCAGUGCAUGUGGAGUGUUGGCUUUGACCGACACUCCCACCUGCCCGUGCACUGGCUGCCUGCAGCAGACACCCAUUCUCUGUUGGCCGGUCCACCUGUCUCUCAAUGUCUGUCAUUGCCCCUCUCUGGCCAAUUCCCUCUUGCCCUACGCUCUGGGGAGAAAGAGAGGCAUGCAUGCUCCCAGACAGACCACACACCCAGCGCCAGUCUUCUUUCCCUUAAAACCCUUCCUGUUCUCGCUCUGUGUGUGUGUGUGUGUGUGUAAAAAUAUCUGGAUCAGGUUUACCGUGAUUGCUCUACUGUGUGGAGAGGCGGUGCAUGGGAACAUGUGACAGUGCUCAGUCACUGAGGAAGGGCAGUGGGACAGUUUGGCCCCUGAGACCUCCUGUCCCCCAUCGAACCCCAUCACCACUCUGGCUAUUGCCUCUGCUGGUUGAUGAGGGGCUGUAGAUGCAGGCUAGAGGAUACCUGGUCGGACACACUUUCAUGGACCCACAGUACCAAGCCCUCAAAUGAGUUUAGGCUCCAUAGUGAGAUGGAGUGUUGGGACAUAAAUGAAUAUUUCAAGUAUGUAUUGUACAUAAAAUCCAGCAGCAUACCACCCUGCAUCCCACUGCUGGCUUGCCUCUGAAGCUAAGCAGGGUUGGUCCUGGAUGUGAGACCAGAUGCUGCUGGAAGUGGUGUUGGAGUGCCUGUAGGGGGUACUCUUCCCUCUGGUCUAAGGAGAUCCCAAUGCCCCAGGGCAGUGAAGGGGACAUUGCACUGCACAGGGUGCCGUCUUUCAGAUCGGAUGUUAAAACGGGUGUCCUGACUCUCUGAUCACUAAAGAUCCCAUGGCACUUAUCGUAAGAGUAGGGGUUUGGGUGUUAACCCCGGUGUCCUGGCUAAAUUCCCAAUCUGGCCACCUAAUCAGCCCCAGCUUCCAAUUGCUUCUGCCCCCCCCCCCCCCCCCCCCCCCCCCCCCCCCGUAACUCUUCCCCGGGUCGUUGCUGUAAAUGAGUGUGUGCGGGAUAGUCGGUAACAGGGAGUAUGUGUAUUGCAGCCAGAUGUGAACAAGAAUGUGACGUGUCGGAAUGUGGUGGCUGCUUUAGCGCUCUCUCUAUCUCUCUUUCGGUCUCUCUGUCUCUCUCUCGGUCUGUCUCUCUCUCUCUCUCGGUCAGUCUGUCUCUCUCGAUCUGUCUCUCUCUCUCUCUCGGUCGGGCUGUCUGUCUCUCUCUCUCGGUCGGGCUGUCUGUCUCUCUCUCUCUCGGUCGGGCUGUCUGUCUCUCUCUCUCGGUCGGGCUGUCUGUCUCUCUCUCUCGGUCAGGCUGUCUGUCUCUCUCUCUCGGUCGGGCUGUCUGUCUCUCUCGGUCGGGCUGUCUGUCUCUCUCUCUCGGUCGGGCUGUCUCUCUCUCGGUCUGUCUCUCUCUCUCGGUCUGUCUCUCUGUCUCUCUCUCGGUCUGUCUCUCUCUCUCUCUCUCGGUCUGUCUCUCUCUCUCUCUCUCGGUCUGUCUCUCUCUCUCUUCUCGGUCUGUCUCUCUCUCUCUCGGUCUGUCUCUCUCUCUCUCGGUCUGUCUCUCUCUCUCUCUCGGUCUGUCUCUCUCUCUCUCUCUCUCUCGGUCUGUCUCUCUCUCUCUCUCUCGGUCUGUCUCUCUCUCUCUCUCUCUCGGUCUGUCUCUCUCUCUCUCUCGGUCUGUCCUCUCUCUCUCUCUCGGUCUGUCUCUCUCUCUCUCUCUCGGUCUUGUUCUCUCUCUCUCUCUCUCGGUCUGUCUCUCUCCUCUCUCUCUCUCGGUCUGUCUCUCUCUCUCUCUCUCUCGGUCUGUCUCUCUCUCCCCUCUUCUCGGUCUGUCUCUCUCUCUCUCUCUCUCGGUCUGUCUCUCUCUCUCUCUCUCUCGGUCUGUCUCUCUCUCUCUCUCUCGGUCUGUCUCUCUCUCUCUCUCUCUCGGUCUGUCUCUCUCUCUCUCUCUCUCGGUCUGUCUCUCUCUCUCUCUCUCUCGGUCUGUUCUCUCUCGGUCUGUCUCUCUCUCUCUCUCGGUCUGUCUCUCUCUCUCUCGGUCUGUCUCUCUCUCUCUCUCGGUUCUGUCUCUCUCUCUCUCUCUCUCUCGGUUCUGUCUCUUCUCUCUCUCUCUCGGUUCUGUUCUCUCUCUCUCUCUCUCGGUCUGUCUCUCUCUCUCUCUCUCUCGGUCUGUCUCUCUCUCUCUCUCUCUCGGUUUGUCUCUCUCUAUCUCUCCUCUCGGUCUGUCUAUCUCCGUCUCUCUCUCUCUUCUUCUCCUCUCUCUCGGUCUUUCUUCCUCUUCUCUCGGUCUCUCUCGGUCUGUCUCUCUCUCUCUCGGUCUGUCUCUCUCUCUCUCUCUCGGUCUCUCUCGGUCUAUCUCUCUCGGUCUGUCUCUCUCUCUCUCUCUCGGUCUCUCUCGGUCUCUCUCUUCUCGGUCUGUCUCUCUCUCUCUCUCUCUCGGUCUCUCUCUCGGUCUCUCUCGGUCUCUCUGUCUCUCUCUCUCUCUCUCUCUUCUCGGUCUGUCUAUCUCGUCUCUUCUCUCUCUCUCGGUCCGGUCGUUCUUCUCUCUCUCUCUCGGUCUCUCUCUCUCUCUCUCUCUCGGUCUCUCUCGGUCUCUCUCUCUCGGUCUGUCUCUUUCUCUCUCUCGGUCUCUCUGUCUCUCUCUCGGUCGGUCUGUCUCUCUCUCUCUCUCUCGGUCGGUCUGUCUGUCUCUCUCUCUCGGUCGGGCGGUCUGUCUCUCUGUCUGUCUCUCUCUCUCUCUCUCGGUCUGUCUCUCUCUCUCUCUCUCGGGUCUGUCUUCUCUCUCUCUCUCUCGGUCUCUCUCGUUCUCUCUCUCUCGGUCUGUCUCUCUCUCUCUCUCGGUCUCUCUCUCGGUCUCUCUCUCUCUCUCUCGGUCUGUCUCUCUCUCUCUCUCGGUCUCUCUCUCGGUCUCUCUCUCUCUCUCUCGGUCGGUCUGUCUCUCUCUCUCUCUCGGUCGGGCUGUCUGUCUCUCUCUCGGUCAGGCGGUCUGUCUCUCUGUCUGUCUCUCUCUCUCUCGGUCUGUCUGUCUCUCUCUCUCUCUCGGUCUGUCUGUCUCUCUCUCUCUCUCUCGGUCUGUCUCUCUCUCUCUCUCUCGGUCUGUCUCUCUUCUCUCGGUCUCUCUCUCGGUCUCUCUGUCUCUCUCUCUCUCUCGGUCGGUCUGUUUUCUCUCUCUCUUCGGUCGGUCUGUCUCUCUCUCUCUCUCUCGGUCGGUCUGUCUCUCUCUCUCUCGGUCGGGCUGUCUGUCUCUCUCUCUCGGUCGGGCUGUGUCUGUCUCUCUCUCUCGGUCAGGCGGUCUGUCUCUCUCUCUCGGUCAGGCGGUCUGUCUCUCUCUCUCGGUCAGGCGGUCUGUCUCUCUCGGUGUCUCUCUCUCUCUCUCGGUCUGUCUCUCUCUAUCUCUCGGUCGGGUCUCUCUCGUCGUCUCUCUCUCGGUCUGUCUCUCUCUCCUCUCUCUCUUUCGUCGUUCUUCUCUCUCUCUCUCGGCGUCGUCUCUCUCUCUCUCUCGUCUUUCGACUCUCUCUCUCGGUCUGUCUCUCUCUCUCUCUCGGUCUGUCUCUCUCUCUCUCUCGGUCUGUCUGUCUGUCUGUCUCUCUCGGUCGGUCUGUCUGUCACUGUCUCUCUCUCUCUCUCGGUCUGUCUGUCACUGUCACUGUCUCUCUCUCGGUCUGUCUGUCUCUCUCUCUCGGUCUGUCUCUCUCUCUCUCUCUCUCUCGGUCUGUCUGUCACUGUCUCUCUCUCUCUCUCGGUCUGUCUGUCACUGUCUCUCUCUCUCUCUCGGUCUGUCUGUCACUGUCACUGUCUCUCUCUCGGUCUGUCUGUCUCUCUCUCUCGGUCUGUCUCUCUCUCGGUCUAUGUCUGUCUCUCUCUCUCUCUCGGUCUAUGUCGGUCAGGUUGCUCUCUCCCUGGAUAGGGUGUCCAGCUUAAUGCACACAUCUUUUGCUAAUUUGCAUAGUUCAUUGUUUAAUUCCAGCUUUCACUUCCAGCAUUUUAAUCAAUUUAUUUAUUUCCUUUACUAAUGUGUUAUCAUGUACACAGUCACAUUUAUUUUGUCUUAGUAUGCCUCUAAGAACGGAAGAUUGCAAUUUUUUCAAGUCAUUACUGAAUUAUUUAAUGUAAUCAAACAUGAAACCUCUUAAACAUUCAUGGUAAUUCAGAGAUGUGUACUCGAGUCACGUGACUUGGACCCGAGUACGUCUUGAUUUUGAGGCUUGACUUGGCAAAAAAAACGCCACUCGAUUUUGACUUGAUCAUCUAUGACUCGUGACUUAACUUGAACUUGAGUUGUAUGACUGGAGAGACUCGAUUUGUCAUCUCGCGCAGUAUGUACAGUGCCUUGCAAAAGUAUUCAUCCCCCUUGACGUUUUUCCUAUUUUGUUGCAUUACAACCUGUAAUUUAAAUGGAUUUUUAUUUGGAUUUCAUGUAAUGGACAUACACAAAAUAGUCCAAAAUUGGUGAAGUGAAAUGAAAACAAUUAAUUGUUUCAAAAAAUUAUAAAAUAUGUAUUCACCCCCUUUGCUAAAUAAAGUCCACCUGUGUGCAAAGUCCACCUGUGUGCAAUCUAAGUGUCACAUGAUCUCAGUAUAUAUACACCUGUUCUGAAGUCUGCAUCACUACUAAGCAAGGGGCACCAUGAAGACCAAAGAGCUCUCCAAACAGGUCAGGGACAAAGUAAUGGAGAAGUACAGAUCAGGGUUGGGUUAUAAAAACAAUAUCCGAAACUUUGAACAUCCCACGGAGCACCAUUUAAAUCCAUUAUUUAAAAAUGGAUAGAAUAUGGCACCACAACAAACCUGCCAAGAGAGGGCCGCCCACCAAAACUCAUGGACCAGGCAAGGAGGGCAUUAAUCAGAGAGGCAACAAAGAGACCAAAGAUAACCCUGAAGGAGCUGCAAAGCUCCACAGCGGAGAUUGGAGUAUCUGUCCAUAGGACCACUUUAAGCCGUACACUCCACAGAGCUGGGCUUUACGGAAGAGUGGCCAAAAAAAAGCAAUUUCUUAAAUAAAAUAUGCAAAACGUUUGGUGUUUGCCAAAAGGCAUGUGGGAGACUCCCCAAACAUAUGUAAGAAGGUACUCUGGUCAGAUGAGACUAAAAUUGAGCUUUUUGGCCAUCAAGGAAAACGCUAUAUCUGGCGCAAACCCAACACCUCAUCACCCUGAGAACACCAUCCCCACAGUGAAGCAUGGUGGUGGCAGCAUCAUGCUGUGGGGAUGUUUUUAUUCGGCAGGGACUGGGAAAACUGGUCAGAAUUGAAGGAAUGAUGGAUGGCGCUAAAUACAGGGAAAUUCUUGAGGGAAACCUGUUUCAGUCUUCCAGAGAUUUGAGACUGGGACGGAGGUUCACCUUCCAGCAGGACAAUGACCCUAAGCAUACUGCUAAAGCAACACUCGAGUGUUGUCUUGGAAUGGCCUAGUCAAAGCCCAGACGUCAAUCCAAUUGAGAAUCUGUGGUAUGACUUAAAGAUUACUGUACACCAGCGGAACCCAUCAAACUUGAAGGAGCUAGAGCAGUUUUGUCUUGAAGAAUGGGCAAAAAUCCCAGUGGCUAGAUGUGCCAAGCUUACAGAGACAUACCCCAAGAGACUUGCAGCUGUAAUUGCUGCAAAAGGUGGCUCUGCAAAGUAUUGACUUUGGGGGGAUGAAUAGUUAUGCACGCCCAAGUUCUGUUUUUCUGUCUUAUUUCUUGUUUUGUUUCACAAUAAAAAAUAUUUUGCAUCUUCAAAGUGGUAGUAGGCAUGUUGUGUAAAUCAAAUGAUACAAACCCCCAAAAAAUCAAUUUUAUUUCCAGGUUGUAAGGCAACAAAAUAGGAAAAAUGCCAAGGGGGGUGAAUACUUUUGUAAGCCAAUCUGUCCUUUUAUAUCGGAGUGCUGCAGGUUCUGUGCAUUCUGUUCUGUGUCUUGACCAAUCAGUUUCACAGAAAUCACAGAUUGCGCUGUCCCAUCUUGCCGUCUGGGUAAACGAAAUGGUCAUGUUAUGUAGCCUAGUUAUAGCCCAUUUAUUUGUGUUAGGAGAAAAUGUGAAAGUGAUCAAAUUUGGUUUAGGCUAUAUUCAAACUUGGUCUGGUUACCUUGACCUUUUCAAUCCAAAAUGAUUAACUGAAAUUAAUCAAACAACACAAUACUGAUUACGUAAAUAUACAUACUUUUUAAUUGCAGUUGCAUAGGCCUAUACGAUGCAAACCUGCAUAAAGCAAUCUCAGCCCUCUGAGUUCUAUUGUCCAAUUGCAGUGGUUGUGUUUGUGUAAAGGAAAGUUUUAUAAUAAUUCGUAUUAACUAGUACAAGGUUGCUGCAGUUUGACUGGGUUUUCAUCCUCCCGAGGACCAGGAGUUUUUCCAGAAUUUUUUUAAAACCAUGUGACCAGUUUAGAAAAUAUCUGUAUACCUAGGCGGCAGGUAGCCUAGUGGUUAAGAGCGUUCGGCCAGUAACUAAAAGGUCAAUGGUUCGAAUCCCCAAGCAAGGCACUUAACCCUAAUUUCUCCUGUAAGUCGCUCUCGAUAAGAGCAUCUGCUAAAUGACUUCAAUGUAAAUGUGGUCCCACUCCCAUCAUUGCCCAUAUACAUAAAUAACUUCUUACAACUACUUUUUACAACUAAUUAAUUAAUGUCAUACCCUAUGAGCUGGUUAAAUUACCAGAUUAGGAAAUGCUCCGGGCCCCAGGGAAAAUAAUUUGCUGGGACCUGGGGUGCCACUUCUGCAUCAGGGCAUCAUCGGUCCCAUAAAUCGUUGUAUUUGGUUUCAAAUACUGGUAGUGGGGGAAAAGGGAUGCCGUUUGUAAAACAUGUGGGUCCAAAAUCACUGAUGAAUUGCAAUGAAAUUGGCAUAAAACAUAACCAUUGACAUGAGGACUCUAAACCCAAAAUAAGGGACUUGUGACUUGACUCGACCUGAGCUUGCCCAUUAUUGCUUGGGACUUGACUCGAGACUCAAAGAUUAAGACUUGUGACUUGCUUAGGACUUGCAAAAUUGUGACUUGGUCCCAUCUCUGGUAAUUCAUGGUAACCUCGUAAGCAAUUCAUUUAGACCCGGCGUUUAUUUGAAACAGACGUUUAUUUGCUGAAAUUGGUGUCAUUGCCUGGUUAUUAAAAGAGACAGGCGGCUAUUUGAGACUCAGCGUUUAAUUGAAGUUUUACGGUACCUGAAUUUGUCCAAUAGAAACUCUUUAGUUGUUCCGUUUUGCAACUCUUUGGACUAAUGAUUACACCCCAAUUCUCACAUUGAGACGUCCAGAAGCAGCCGUUCCCUACGGACGCGUCUGCCACAGGAAGUGGCUUGCCACAGGAAGUGGCUGAGGCUCGUUGUAUUUACAGUGGCUGGAGAUGGUAAUGAUGGUGGCUAAUGGUUCAUCUGGAGCUGGACACACACACAGAGACAAACACAGGAAGUGGUAGAGCAGAGUCCUCAUGUGCCUGGAGUUAGGAGUCAUGGCCAAUUAAGUAUGGGCCUAGAAUAGUUCUCACUCACUCACUCACACACACACACACACACACACACAUAUAUAUCUCCCUCUGACCUGGGGUUUGGGUUUGUCCCGUUCUGUCUGUCUGGGGGAGCUAGCUAUGUCUGGGAUUAAGCCCUUCUGCCCCAGGACACACACAUCAAGACCCAUACAUCUCCAGCACGGCGGUCCUAACAGCAGGAGGGGUGGAAACCCACAAGAAAAGGGAACAAUUACUGUGAGAAGGAGGGUUUGGGAGGGAUGUCCACUUCUCCUUAUGGGAGGAAAGGGGAGGUCGGUCCGCUCCUCUCUUAGGGUGAUGGAUUGGCCCAACAUUAGUGCUUCGUACUUCAGGGACGGGUACCGGGGAAGGGGGCGGGGGAAGAGAUUCUUCCAGACCCUCUUUCUGUCUUCUCUAACAAGAUUCUUGCUGUCAGGAUCUACAUUCAGACUCUCACACGAACACACACAGGUUAAGCAGCUAUACUUCCUCAUAUGUCCUUAGUGUUUCCCUAAACACCAUGAUCCCUUUCCUCUACCCUUUCACCUACAUUUUCCUGAACCCAUGGCUGAGCGGCAAGCACAUUUUUCUUCUGGAAAACCCUAAGGGAGUGUGUGCUGCUCCACUGCCUAGCUGUAUGUCAUAAACCGUUUUUAACGAUGAAGCAAGAUGCCUGUGUAAUGCUGCUUUCGUACUAGAGGCCAUAGCUUCAGCCUGAGAAACCCACUCAACUUUAAUCGAUCUUUAAAAACUACCAGAAGUUCGAACUAGAAGUGUGUUUUGUGCUACCUUGUGUUACUGACCCAGCUGUACGUCUUUGCCAGCGCAGAUCUUUUGGGUGUGAAGUGGUGGUUCAUUAGUAUGUCUGGAUAGGCGGGAUGAUUGGGCCUGUCCUCCCCUCCCUCAUGUCUCCUUUCACUGACUUUAAACUUGUGGCAACUGACAUUCCAGAGUGGGGGGUGGUGGGGGUAGAAGGACCUUUUGUUUUAAUCUCUGUCAAUGGAGCGUGGAGAUUGGUGCCCUCUCCCCUGUCUUUGUGUGUGGGGGAGGUGAAUGGAAGGGCUGCAGUGUUUCCGGUAGCCUUGGUGACACAGUGGGGAUUUGGAGUUAAAAAAGCCCUCAAUUUACCCCUCCCCCGCCUCAUUUUUUUCUUUUUAGAGUGUCCGUCUGAAGUGGAAGUGACAGCACCGCACUUGCAGUGUGUGUGUGUGUGUGUCCUGGUGCCCGAAUUCAGGAGCGUUUGGUGACUCCCUCGGAGAGAGCAUGGGAACUUUACAUUUCAAAGCCGGGCAGAGGGCACACAGAGAAACUGCAGCGGAACAGAAGUUUUGUGUGUACAAGGAGAAAGAGGAGAGGAGAUGCUACAAAGAGAACAGAGUGAAAGGGGGGGUGUAUGCUUGCGCGCAUGAGAGAGAGAGAGGUGAAGCAUUUUGCGGAGAGAGUCUGGAAUUCUCAUUUUCUUCAGAUUAAGAAAGUGGGGGUGGCGGGGGGGUUCGUGGGAGAGGGGUGCUGGAUUAUUUGGGGGGUGGGGGGGUGUGAUGGACAUUCCUUAGGAUGAAGUAGGUCAUUGUUCCCCGUCUCUACUGAAGAGAGCCUUCUGAAGGAACUGACCAACUGAAAGCACUGGAGGGAGAGCGAGAGGGGGACAGGUCCCUAUAUGGAAAGGGAGGAAGAGGGGUGGGCAGUAAUCCUAUUGAAAAUGCCUCUGAAGGACAGACCAAGAGGAGCAGGGAGAAAGGAAAACGAAUGGAAUGUGACAACAGAAAAAUGCCAUUGGUGGUCAGUCUGAAGCGGCUUGAUGUGGAGAGACGUUUCUGUUGAAUGGCAGUGGGUCUACAGGAAGCAGGCAACCGCCGCUCCCAUACUCACUCUCUCUCUAUCGCGUUCUCUCUCUCAAACUCUAACUCCUCUCAUCCCCCUCUCUUUUCCUCCUUUCCAACUGCUUCUCUUCCCAUGGUGUUUUUUUUCCUGCUGAGUGAUUUUAUGUGCUGUACUGCUGUUGGGACACUGCGCUGUACUGCUCAGAAAUGUUGUGAGGGGAAACCAGUACAUACAGGACAAUGUUAAAUGAAAUAAAUAUCCAUCUGUUUUGAUCAUAACCCCUCUCUGCUUUUCAACCCUAUUGGCAGCUACAGGAGGACUAUGUCCCAAAUGGCACCCUAUUCCCUAUAUAGUGCACUAUGGGUCAAAAGUAGUGCACUAUAUAAAACCUUUUUUUUGCCUUUGGUGAACUAACACUCGCACUUUACUAUUUCCCCUUACUAGCUCUGACUUUGCUGAUAGCUACUUUAUUUAGGGAAAAUGUACUUUCUAUGACUGAGAUCUGUGGUUGUCCCACCUAGCCAUCUUAAGAUGAAUGCACUAACUAAGUCGCUCUGGAUAAGAGCGUCUGCUAAAUGACAAAUGUAUAGUGAAUAGGGUGCCAUUUGGGACUCAAUCCAGGAUUUCUAUAGCCUAGAGCUGUGCAUUUUGGGAAAGAGGGUUGUGUGCAGACCACCUAAAUCUCUGUCUCUCUGGAGUACCAUUCUAAUGACACAGUCACAGACACGCUGCCAAAAACAUUAUUGAGGAGACGUUCAAUCUGGUUUUGGAAAUGUACAAUAGGAAAGGGGGUUUCAAACUGGGGUCAGCGGCCAUUCAGGGCAAAUGCCCAUUUGAUUUUGUUAUUAUGUUUGAGCAGAGGAACACAGCAUUAGCCAUGGCAAAAUGCAUAGAAUUGUAGGAAAUUAACAUAUUCUUUAUUUUGAUGUAGCUAUAACAUUUUCAGACAUUCUUAUCCAGAGUGACUUAGUUCGUGCAUUAAUCUUAAGAUAGCUAGGUGGGACAACCACAUGUCUGUCAUAGUAAGUAUAUUUUUCCUCAAAGUAGCAAUCAGCAAAGUCAGUGCUAGUAGAAAAAAUGAAAAAAUAGUGAAAGGCAAGAUUGUAAAAAAAAAUGUAUGCAGUGAACUGGGAUUUAUGUAGGUAUGUUUUUAGACGCACAGAUCUGAAUAGACUACAUAGUUUCAACCUCUGGCAGACAGAAUAAAUAUGAUAUUAAGAUGAGGGUUGAUAAAACCUGCACCCCCUUCCGUCCACAUGUUUUGGAAGAUUUACAAAGCCAUUAUCUAUCACGCUGAGAAUGCUGCAAAUUUCCUCAAUAUCAAAUAACCUCAUAAUAAUAACCUCUGUUAAUAUUAUUUUAGGUUCACAAAUAUAGCCUAUCAUUACAAAACUGUGUUAUUCAAAGUCUUAGCUAUGCGCUAUCGUCAUACUUACACCCUCUCUUCCUCUUUCCUGUCUGCAGAGUUCUUCCGCGAGUUACUGGACAACGCGGAGCGCUCGCUCAACGACAUGUUCGUGCGCACAUACGGCAAGAUGUACGUGCAGAACGCCGAGCUAUUCAAGCAUUUCUUCCAGGAGCUGAAGCGCUACUACGUAUCGGGCAGCGGGGCGGUCAACCUGGACUCCAUGCUGUCUGACUUCUGGGAAGACCUCCUGGAGAGGAUGUUCCGAUUGGUCAACGUCCAGUACGAGUUCAGCGACGCCUACAUGGAGUGCGUCAGCCGGCACACCGAGCAGCUAAAACCGUUUGGCGACGUGCCACGCAAGCUCCGCCUCCAGCUGACACGGGCCUUCGUGGCGGCGCGCACCUUUACCCGCGGCCUGGCGCUCAUGCCCGAGGUGGUCAACAAAGUCUCCACGGUAAGAGGAGGAGAAAGAGAGAGAGAGAGAGAGGGAUGUUGAUAGAAUUACAUAUGCAGUGCUUUCAGAAGGUAUUCACACCCCUUGACUUUUUCAACAUUUUGUUGUGUUACCGCCUGACUUUAAAAUUGAUUAAAUUGAGAUUGUGUCACUGAUCUACACACAAUACCCCAUAAUGUCAAAGUGGAAUAAUGUUUUUAGAAAUUUACAAAUUAAUUAAAAAUGAAAAGCUGAAAUGUCUUGAGUUAAAUAAGUAUUCAACUCUUUUUAUGACAAGCCUAAAUAAGUUCAGGAGUAAACAUUUGCUUAACAAGUCACAUAAUAAGUUGCAUGGACUCACUCUGUGUGCAAUAAUAGUGUUUAACAUGAUUUUUGAAUAACAUCUCUGUACCCCACAUAUACAAUUAUCUGUAAGGUCCCUCAGUCGAGCAGUGAAUUUCGAACAGAUUCAACCACAAAGACCAGGGAGGUUUUCCAAUGCCUCGCAAAGAAGGGCACCUAUUGGUAGAUGUGUGAAAAAAAGCAGACAUUGAAUUUCCCUUUUAGCAUGAUGAAGUUAUUAAUUACGCUUUGGAUGGUAUAUCAAUACACCCAGUCACUACAAAGAUAAAGGAGUCCUUCCUAACUCAGUUGCUAGAGAGGGAAACCAACAACAUUGUAGUUACUCCACAAUACUAACCUAAUUGACAGAGUGAAAAGGAAGCCUGUACAGAAUAAAAAUAUUCCAAAACAAGCAUCCUGUUUGUAAUAAGGCACUAAAAUAAAACUGCAAAAAAUUUUGCAAAGAAAGGAACUUUCUGUCCUGAAUACAAAGCGUUAUGUUUGGGGCAAAUCCAACACAUUACUCAGUACCACGCUUCAUAUUUUCAAGCAUGGUGGUGGCUGCAUCAUGUUAUGGGUAUGCUUGUCAUCGGCAUGGACUAGGGAGUUUUUUUAGGUUAAAAAGAAACGGAAUGGAGCCAAGCACAGGCUAAAUCCUAAAGGGAAACCUGGUUCAGUCUUCCCAACAGACACUGGGAGACAAAUUCACCUUUCAGCAGGACAAUAACAUAAAACACAGGCCAAAUAUACACUGGAGUUGCAAACCAAGACCACGCUGAAUGUUCCUGAGUGGCCUAGUUACAGUUUUGACUUAAAUCGGCUUCAAAAUCUAUGGCAAGACUUGAAAAUGGCUGUCUAGCAAUGAUCAACAACCAACUUGACAGAACUUGAAGAAUUUUUAAAAUAGUAAUGUGCAAAUAUUGUACAAUCCAGGUGUGCAAAGCUCUUAGACUUACCUAGAAAGACUCACAGGUGUAAUCGCUACCAAAGGUGCUUCUACACAAGUAUUGACUCAGGUGAAUACUUAUGAGAUUUCUGCAUUUCAUUAUCAAUACAUUUGCUACACUUUCUAAAAACAUGUUUCCACUUUGUCAUUAUGGGGUAUAGUGUGUAGAUGGGUGAGAGGAAAAAAUUAUGUUAUCCAUUUUGAAUUCAAGCUGUAAAUCAACAAAAUGUGGAAUACGUAUGAAGACUCUCUGAAGGCCCUGUAUAUUAGUUGCAGUAUAGCAUCUCUAUGUGAUGGGAUAAGUUGGUUCAGUGUCACGUAGGGACCAGGGAGGGUGUUGAGAAGUAGCAUGAAGUGCCCUUGAAAGCCUCCUGUGUAGAGAGGUCUGGUCUGGCUGUGGUUAUCUGUAGCCUAGGUCAGUGUUCCCAUGCACUGAACAGCUGGUUUAAACCCCUAAAUAUACAAACGUUCCCAGAAUAACAACCUUCUGUAAUGUUUGACCAGGUGUGGGGAGUUCAGGUGAACAUUUCUUCCUCACCCUCGUGUGUUUUCUAACCUCUGUGGGCCCUGGUCAAAACUAUUUCACUAUGUAGGAAAUCAGGUGACAGUUUGGGACACUGUUUGUCUGAAUGAGAGUUCAAGAUUCCGUAAUAGUGCUGUGCUGUUUUGUUGUCUGUGGGUGUGUGUCUGUGGGGGUGUGUCUGUAUGAAUGAGUGUGUGAAGAGAGGGCAAGGAGCAAAACUACAGUGGCAUGACAGGUUUAUAGCAGUUUUGGCAGUGACUCAUUCAUGAUAAGAUACUGCACAUUGGACUUUCACUAUAAAUCGCAUUGGGAUUUGAGUGAUAAUUUGAUAUUAUCUUGUGUGUAUAGUUUUAGUGUCCUGCCUGUCUGUCGGUUUAAGAUAAGGAUCAGUUCAUUCACCUGACUCCUCCCUCCCUCAGGUCAGUGCGUCCCCUAGCUGUGUACGGGCAGCCAUGAAGAUGAUGUACUGUCCCUACUGUUCUGGCCAGGUUGCCCUCAAGCCUUGUCAGAACUACUGUCUCAACGUGAUGCGUGGCUGUCUGGCCAACCAGGCCGACCUCGACACCGAGUGGAACAACUUCCUGGGUAAGGGCUUCCAUAUCCAACAAGGAACAGCUCACUAUGCUGUGUGUGUGUUUGGCUUCUGCCACGCUGUCCCUCACUGGGGUGCCACUGGUGCCUGCUACUCCCUCCCUGUGUGGCAGCUUUACUGGGCCUUACUUUGGGCCCCUUGUUAAGUCCUCUUAGGAUCAAAACACUUGGACUCUGCUGUGUGCUUCCCCCUGCUGGUAGAAACAGGUGAAAUCACCCCAUGUUGAAAAUGGCUGAAAAAAUAUUUUAGUGCUUCUUUAAUUUCCAGAAGUAUUUACUGAGGGUGUGGUUGUUUUCUUUGUGACUAACUGAGUUGUCUGAUUCUCAGAUGCCAUGUUGAGUCUGGCUGAGAGGCUGGAGGGGCCCUUCAACUUUGAGUCUGUCAUGGACCCUAUUGACGUCAAGAUCUCUGAGGCCAUCAUGAACAUGCAGGAGAACAGCAUGCAGGUGUCACAGAAGGUCAGUCACUUCCUGUCUUGGUGUGACUGUGUGUGUCUUCUGCAUUCCCCAACCUGUGUCUGUCUGGUAGCCUGUGUCGGCCUGUCUGUCUGGUAGCCUGUGUCGGCCUGUCUGUCUGGUAGCCUGUGUCGGCCUGUCUGUCUGGUAACGGUGUCUGCCUGUCUGUCUGGUAACGGUGUCUGUCUGUCUGUACAUGCUGCUCACUCUCCUCUCCAGGUGUUUCAGGGGUGUGGUCAGCCUCAGCCAGGUAAAGGCUUCCGGUCCCGUCGCUCAGUCAAGGAGACAGGAUUCACCGGUCGCUUCCGUCCCUACAGCCCCGAUGCACGGCCCACCACAGCUGCUGGCACCAGCCUGGACAGAUUGGUAAGUCUUCGUCAGACAUCUGCCCCAACCAGCAGCAUCAAUACAAUAGUUUUUACGUGAGAAGUAAAAGUACAAAGUCUUUCAAAUGGACUUGGUAUAAAUGUGUGAGCUAUCUCUGUUUGCAUGCCUCCCUCCUUCUACCCAGACGACAGAUGUGAAGAAGAAGCUGAAGCAUGCUAAGAAGUUCUGGUCCACGCUGCCAGAGACUGUGUGUGUUGGGGAGAGGAUCACGUCUGGGGAUGACUGUUGGAACGGAACAGCAAAGAGCAGGUUAGUUUGGCAGGUUUUUUUCUCAGGUCUCUCCCUUGACACAGACACCAAUCAACAUUGUCUGCAUCCCAAAUGGGACCCUAUUCCCUGUUUAGUGCACUACUUUUGACCAGGGCCCGUAGGGAUGGAGCCACUCACUCUAAAGGCAUAAAGUAAGGUUGCUGCAGAACGAACAGUGUGCUCGGUAGGAUCUCCCCAUUCACUCACACCCUUCUUCCCUAGGUACGAGUCUGUUGUUAUGGGCAACGGAUUGGCCAAUCAGGUGUCCAACCCGGAUGUGGAAGUGGACAUCACAAAGCCAGACCUGGUGAUUCGCAGUCAGAUCGCAGUGUUAAAGGAAAUGACUAGCUGGCUGAAGGCCGCCCACAGCGGCAACGACAUCUCCAUCGACCAAGGUGAGGAUGGUAAACCCUAACAGAUUAACUGACUGAGGCCCAUCGCCCCAUGCAGAGCCAUUAACCACACCUCUCCAGAGAACUCGACUUCAGCAAGUUUGCGCCAUUUUAAUAGACGGUGGCUUGACAACGUCACCACAAUAAUGCGUGCACUACUCCGAGGUAAAAGGCUGUGUGUUGUCUUCUGAACGGUCAGAUAGCUAGUAAGAAGCUGUGUUGACGUGUUUUGACUCUUGUCACGUCUAUGCUAAUAUGGCAAAAAUAUUGCAAGCUAGCUAACCAACAACUGUAACAAUUUACAGGUAACUGCCAAAAUAAAGGAAACACUUGAGUAAAUGAAGGAUACAAAUUAUAUUGAAAGCAGGUGCUUCCAUACAGGUGUGGAAUAACAUCCCAUCAUGCUUAGGUUCAUGUAUAAAAAUGCUGGACAGGCCCAGUUGCCCAUUAUUUUUGGCUACCAUGGCUGGAAGAAGAUAUCUGUGACUUUGAUAGAGGGGUGAUUGUUGGGGCAUGUUUAGCAGGAGCUUCAGUGACGAAGACUGAUCAAUAUACUGAUGUAAACCAUAUGCCAUGGCCGUCUGUCACCAGAUCUCAACCCAAUUGAACACUUAUGGGAGAUUCUGGAGCGGUGCCUGAGAGAGUGUUUUCCACCACCAUCAACAAAACACCAAAUGAUGGAAUUUCUUGUGUCGCAUCCCUCCAAUAGAGUUUCAGACUCUUGUAGAAUCUAUGCCAAGGCGCAUUGAAGCUGUUCUGGUUUGUGGUGGCCCAACACCCUAUUAAGACACUUUAUGUUGGUGCUUACUGGGCAAAUGUAUUUAUGUUUUCAUUAAACAUUUGCAGACUAAGCCUAAACAAGUUGUCAAUAAUCCUUUGAUUGUAAGCCCACCCUGUCUGUUUUUACCUCUUAGUUGUGCAGUGUGCACGCAAUGGUUUUGUUGGUGAACACCCCACCUGUAUAAAUGAGAAGAAUAUCUAGGCCAGAAUGUAUUCAGUUUGAUGACUAAUGCCUCCCUGUGAGAUAAGGAACCUUGGAUGACUAAUGCCUCCCUGUGAGAGAAGGAACCUUUAUAUGCCAUUUAGAAGACACUUUUAUCCAAAGCCACUUAGUCAUGCGCGCAUAAAGCAUUUAUGUCUGGGUGGUCCCGGAAAACGAACCCACUAUCUUCGCGUUGCAAGCGCCAUACUCUACCAACUGAGCUAGAGAGGACCACUACCUUUGGUGUUACCAUUCAAAAUGUCACAACAGACUUGAUCAGUUCACUUUUCAUCCCCGAAUGCUGUUUCUAGUCCUGAGUUCAUGACCCCAUCAACCUGCUCUCACUUUUUGCCUCCUGCCAUCCUCUCUCUCUCUCUCUCUCUCUCUCUCUCUGUGUUCCAGAUGAGGACGGUAGCGGAGGAGAGGAGAGCGGCAGCGGAUGUGCCUCUCCGUCCUGUGAGGCAGACCGGGACAUCUACUUCUCCACCCCGCCCACCCCCAUCAACCCCCGCGUGGUCAAGGUGGUGCACCAGGAAACGACUGGGGGAGUCCGUGUGGCACACGGGAGCAUGGCUCUGGCACUCUGUGGGCUCGUCCUGGCCCUGCUCGCCCCCCACUGGAGAUAA